UAUGAGAUGGCGGCGAGGUCGGCUCUGAGGGGGAGAGGAGAAGAGAAACGAGCGGCGAGUGAUGCCAUUUGCAGUUUAGUUAUCUGCAAUGAGUCCUCCCUUCAGCGGCAUCAGAUCAUCUUCAAUCCAGACUUCUUUGUGGAGAAGCUGCGACAUGAGAAACCUGAGGCAUUCACAGAGCUUGUGGUCAGUAACAUCACCCGGCUGAUUGACCUACCUGGAGCAGAGCUAGCCCAGUUGAUGGGACAGGAGGACCCUCAGUUGCCUGGCACAUCCUCAGGGUUUUUCCGUUCCCUGAUGUCUCUGAAACGCAAAGAGAAAGGAGUGGUUUUUGGAACUCCACUGACUGAAGAAGGUAUUGCUCAAAUAUCUCAACUGAUAGAGUAUCUGCAUAAGAAUCUGCGGGUGGAAGGCUUGUUCCGAGUGCCAGGAAACAGUACCAGGCAGCAGAACCUGAAAGAAGCCUUGAACAGUGGGACAGAAAUUGACUUGGAUUCAGGGGAGUUUCACUCCAAUGAUGUGGCCACUCUGCUGAAGAUGUUCUUGGGGGAAUUACCAGAGCCUUUGUUAACCCAUAAACAUUUCCAUGCACACCUCAAAAUUUCAGAUCUGAUGCAGUUUGAUGACAAGGGCAACAAGACCAACAUACCCGAUAAGCAGCGUCAGAUUGAAGCACUGCAGCUCCUCUUCUUGAUCCUGCCAGCCCCCAAUCGCAGCCUUCUCAAAUUGCUGUUGGAUCUGCUUUAUCAGACAGCCAAAAAGCAGGACAGGAACAAGAUGUCAGCUCAUAACCUGGCUCUUAUGUUUUCACCUCACAUUUUGUGGCCUCGAAAUGUGACUGCCAGUGACCUACAGGAAAACAUUUCCAAGCUAAAUAACGGGAUGGCUUUCAUGAUCAAGCACUCGCAGAAGCUCUUCAAGGCUCCCUCAUAUAUCCGGGAAUGUGCAAGGCUGCAUUACUUGGACUCCAGAACACAUGCCUCAAAGGAUGACUUGGACUUGCCUGUGCCCCGGAAUUUCAAAGACUUUCAGCUUCUGAAAUUCAAGAAGCGAGGACUGGUGGAUCCCUCUGCCCACCAAGAAGACACCCAGCAACAUACAGAAGAAGCACUGAAAGAGCUCUUCCACCAUGUUCAUAAUAUGCCAGACUCUGCCAAGAAAAAGAAGCUCAUUCAACAGUUUCAGAAGCACCCUGAAGCUCUCACUCCUCAGGCAGGUGCAUCCACACCCCGGACCCAGAAGCGGGCUCGCACUCGUUCCUUCAGUGGCUUAAUCAAGCGUAAGGUGCUGGGGAGUCAAGGGUCUUUGGAUAAAAAAGGGAAGGGUGCAGUUUUGGAAUCGGGCAUGAAAGAGCAGAAGCACGGCAGCAAGGAGAAUGUUAGCAUGCAUCCGUGAAUGAAAGGAAGAUGUGCAGAGAAGCAACCAAGCUAGAAGAGUGGAUGAAAAUGCUCCUUGGCCUUAAAUCUGGUCUUCUCAACAGGAAGUAGACGUGUAAUGGGGUGAAAUGUGUUCGUGGCUUCCUGUCCUUUCCUAAUGCUUGCAAGCACAGCUCAGUACAAAUGUACUAAUUAUUCUCCUUCUGGUACAGGACUCCCGUAAAUAUACUCGAUUCCAUGGUUCCUCGACGAAGGAGUCUUCCAUUUGAAGAUCCACUCAAUGGUCUCUCUCUCUCUAUAUAUAGAGAUAUAUACACACACAGCAAAGACUUGCAGCUCUGUGGAUAAUGCCUGCUACUCCCAAGCUGUGAGUCAGGACUCGCUUAUCCCUCUAACCUCACUUAUUGGAUCCUGGCCUACAACUGUGUGUCUGCCAGAAUAACAGACUCUUCCAUUGAACAUGAGGAAACCACUAUUCAACCACUUGUCUAGCCUGAGAAUGGACUGGACAGUGUCUGCAGUAUAGCCUCUCUUUGGAGAGGUUGCUUUGUAUGCCUUGUUCUCUGAGCUGUCCAUCUUCCUAACAAUUCUUUGGGACUUGGCUUACACUGUCCUGUUUUGUGGCUGGUGUUUGUUUGUUUUUUGAUUUUGGCUUUUAGUGUGUACACACACUGUUUCUUUUACCCCUGCAAUUCCCAUUAGCAUCCACAGUAGAGUCAAGCUUUCAGAUCCCCUUGGCAGCUAGGCUCAUCUCGGCAUCUCUUUGUAUGGAAGUCUCUCUGUUGUGGUUACUGAUGGGAUUUGAGAAGUAGCUGUGCUCUUAGCUGCCUCUCCCAGAUUGCAGGGAUCUCCCUCAGGCCUGUGGCUCAUCUGUCACAAAUCCCAGCGUCGGAAGUAUCCGAACAUCUUAAACCAGGGAUGCGGGGAGCCUGUGACACUCCAGAUGUUGUUGGAUUCAGUCUCCAGUUAGCCCAGCCAGCAUGUCCUAUUCUUGGGGAUGAUUGGGAGUUGUAGUCCAGCAAUAUCUGGAAAGCCACAGGUCCCUCAUUUAAGAGCAGCGGUAGCAGGAAAUAAUUUCUGCAAACUGCCCCUUAAAAAAAAUAAGAGCCCAAGGGCUCCUUGUCUGAAUUCUAGCAUGUCUCGUGAAUCACCUGCAAUGUGAUUACAUCUUUCUCCCCUCAAAAGGCCGCCAGUUCUGUUGCCACAGACACUUGCCUUCUGCCUGCUACAAUUAUUCGUCUGUCAGCACUGAUUGUCAAGACAGCGUUUUGGCUGAGGCUCUGCCUGAUGGAGUCUGUUUCACUGCCCCCUACCUGUCACAUUCCCAUUGUCUGUGGCCCAGGCUCUGAUGUACAUUGCUCAGGCAGGACAGGGGGCUGACAGUUUAAUGACUGUUGAAAAUGCACUGAAAGAGAGGAACUUGGAAAUGCAGAAGGCUAACUGACUCACUCCCUGGAAAGGAGGAGAGGCUGUCAAGAUGAAUAAAAGAAAUGUUCCUGUUUCCUUCCAUCAACGAGAAGAGGGCAGGUGGGAAGGUGGUGCAAGGUUAUAGCAAUACAGCUAUUUGCAGCUCUAUAUUUGCUAAGUUUUCCCCUGCACCCAAAGGAAGAAGUGUCUCUCUGGGUCAGGGGUGGUAAACCUGUGGCCCUCCAAGUUGUGUUGGACAAAACGCCUAUUAAAACUCCCACUUAUUACCAGUACACUCUCAUCAGCCGCAGCUAACGUGGCUGAGUUGAACAACAUCUGGAGGGGCCACUUACUAUUCCUGAUAACUGGCUUCUGCCUUAGUCUCAGAGAGAUUUGGCUCAAAGGCUUUUGCAAAAGCACUGUAUAUUUUAAUUUCCUAAAUAUGUGAGGAUUGAGCUUUUUAUUAUUCUAAAAAGAGUCCUAAAUCUGUGUCAGGGACCCUGUCAAACGGCCUUCUGAUGUGUAGAGAUGUAUACACCCCUGUUAAAGCAGGUAUGGGUAACCUGUAGCCUUCCAGGUGUUGUUCAACUUGACCUCUUGUCACCCACAACAAGUAGCCAUAUGGUCUGCAGCUGAUAAAGAAUUUGGGGUCCCACCACAUCUGGAGACUCACAGGUUAGCUGCUUCUAUGUUCCUCAUCUCCCCAACCCCCAAGCUGGUAUGGAGCUUCAGCCAAAGAAGUAGAAAGCUGCUAACACUUGGGAGGUCAUAGACAAGACUGAAAAGUGCCCAAAAAAUGUUAGGGGAAGCAAUCAUAGUGGGCAAAACCAGUUUUGGCUACUCUAGAUCUUAAGCUUGUGUCAUCCAAAUCUUAGCGGUAUUGUAAGUGAAAGCAGGACUGCCCCCAUUGUUUUUCAUGUUUUACUGUUCUCUUAACUUAUCCUUGUGUGGACAACCUUUACUUAUUUAUGCAAUGUAGUAAUGUAAGUAAAAUAAUAUGUUGUUUCUUGUGGUGUAUUGCCCGCUGUUAAUGUGAAAAUCCUACAUUAAAUACUGGUGGUUAUUGGUGCCUUC